AUGCGACCUCGUAAACGCGCUCGGGAACCACCAACGGUGGAGGAGCGCCCUGUUAAGCGACGUAGGACGUCUGGGCUGAAGAAGAUGUGCGGCGAAAUAGAAAGCGCUCGACGAAUUAUAUCCGAGACAGACGAGGACUUAUCCCGUGUUCUCGCCAAAGCCAGGACCUUCCUCGAAGAUAUCGAGCAUCUGAAUGUUCAGCGAGAAGAACGAUUAGCCGUGAGCGAUGGAUCUGAGAUUGGUUGCGACAGCCCCGCCUUAUCCGAUGGUUCCGUACCCCGACCGCACGCGGACGCCUCCAGCGACGAAAACCCGCUAAGCAACCUCAAGCCCGUCAUGGACACCCUGGAACGAAUUCACCACGUGGUCACCAGCGAUAUUCUCACCCAUUCGAUGAACGAAGACGUCCGCGACCUGUACAACCUAUACAACGAUCUUUCUGACGAAGCCCCGGCUUGCCACGAUUGUCGCCGGAACGAUCUUCAGCACCAACGUCUCGAGGCGGAAUGGUCCAGGCAUCCUCGACCACGAAUGGGCGUGGACGCACAGGGAUGGCACUUCGAGGACUGGGACGCAUGCAUGCCCGGAACACGGCCGCUGAGACGAACGCUGAAGGAGUCGCGCAUGAUGGACCGACUUUGCAUUCCGGAGAAUAGGGAAGUCAGUUCUGACGUGCUUGUCGUCCCGGCGCGCCUGGAACCGCGAAGGCCUCGGGUACUGGCCAGGCAAUUCAAGUUCCAGUUCCACCACAUACCUGGUGGAGUUUAUAAUGCGCUUGAGCGCUGGCACAUCGAUUACGGGCGAUGCUUGGACUGCCUCGUCAGGGCCAUGCGGACGUUCCCGUCAUGGAUCAUCGAACAGAGCACUGACUGGGGUUGCGAGAACGGUAAUCCGGUCUUCAUGAACAACCUAGCCGAUGAGGUGGCAGAAUGGGACGAAGAUCACAGACGGUGGCGUCAUCUGAUUCUCGAUCAUCACCGAUGGAUCGACGCGGAGGACUUGGAGGGGAGGGAUACUGAUAGCCUCGCUGAUCCCAAAGUCGUCAACGGAACGAUAGGAAAGCCGAUCCCUUUCGAAAACCGUUAAACCGCUGGGCACGUUGUCGACGGCGUACGUGCAGCGCAGCAACCGGCCGGGCUGUUCCGCUACCGGGACCUCGUCGGCAAUCUACCUACUUACCUACCUUUCGAAGCUUAACUAUUUCAGCCCCUAUUGCUUCUGUGCGAAUCUUCCGUCCUCCUUUUUACCACAAA